AUGAACAGAAUAGGAGUCACGAUUCUCGUGCUCUUCGCCGUUCACUUUGCACUAAGUUUCGGUCAGUCAAGCAUAAUUCUGGUGAAGGUCAGCUGGGAUCAGUCUGCCUUAUCGUCUUUACUAAUGACCUUCAGCUCGGCGAGAAUGCCUCAAUUCCUCUUCCGGCCGGAGCCACCUACAGAAGGUCAGUUCAAAAUGUCGAUUCGAAUUUAGAAGAGCACAUUUACCGGGUGUGCAAUAAGAAGAACAAGGCCAAGUGUGGCUACUGGGAGAAUGUGAAAGUGAGUGAGAAAAAAAUGGAAGCGAGUGAAAUCGAGUGGACAAUUUUUUCAGACGAAGAAGAAAGUGGCAUCUGGAGCAACGACGUAUAAUAAAGGCAAGAAAGCGUUGAUUGUGAAGAAGAUGAGAGAAACUGAUUUCGGAACAUAUAUGACUGGGAACAAGAAAAAGUCUUAUCAGGUUAUCAAGCUGAAUAUAAAAGGUUGA